CUCGUCACUCAAUGCGAGCUCCUUGCAGGGACAAAAGACUGGAAAUAUUUUGCUCCCAGAUUCCCCCUCGAUACUUUUGUGAGCUGUGCAGGGUACUCAUGCUAGACGCAACUACCGUCAAUCCUUGCAACCACACGCUCUGUGGUAGUUGUAUUCAGAGCAAAGUCAUGUCUAAAAAACCGAAAUAUCGACUAUGUCCAUUGUACAGAUGCCGUAGACGUUGCGCAGAAAGGCAAAGUUCCUCUCCGGCGACGGAGAAGCGAAACUUCCUCUUGGGCUUGCGAGUGCGCUGCCCGUUUUCACUCACUUACGAUGUGUGUUCUAACCAAUUUGUUCCGCCGACGGCUUUGCAGCAGCCCGCAGCCGGUCUGUUGAAUCAGGACCAGCAGGAUGACUUGGUGCAGCCACAAUUCUGUUCGAAACAGAUGGCUCUUAACGACCUGGAGGGUCAUGUUCGCACCUGCGAUUACCGUCCCGUGGAGUGCUCGUUUCAACAAAAGGGAUGUCAAACUACUGUUCUGUCCCGCUCUCGCGCGAGUCAUGAGAUAUCUUGCCGCUUUAAUCUCAAUAGUACACGAUUGUGCGAGAAUAGUGGCUCUCGGCUAGGUGCGCAUGAGUCGAUGGACAGCCAUCCUGCUAACGAAUGCCUUCAACCUUGUCGGUUUCAGAAAGACGGAUGCAAAGUUAGCGUUCCGUUCGUCAAUCUCGAGAUUCACGAGAGGUGUUGUUGCUUCAACGCGAAUACAGAAUUGUGCGAGAAGUGUGGCUCUCGGAUAGGUGCAAAUGACUCGAUGGAAGGUCAUCGGGCGAACAAUUGCCUUCGACCUUGUCCAUUCAACGCAUCCGGUUGUCGUCAUAGAAGGGACUAUGGUGAUCUGGAGGAGCACGUCGCUACGUGUCCUUUCAGAAACAUCCUUCCUGCUAAGAUUGCUAAUGGUGUCGUUGACGGGGGGCCAGAUCGUAAUGCCAGUGGGACUACGAAGCCAGACCCUAAUGGACCUGGUUCCGAUGGAGCUGGUUCCAGUCGGCCCCCCGAUGUUGGAGCUGGUUCCAAUCCGUCCCAUGCUGACAAGUCUCCAGACUCUCCUCAUAACUCCGUGGCGCGCAAACAUAGUCCCGAAGCUUCUCCUCCCCAUCAAUUGUCCAGUCCAAAAUACACUUGUUGUUUGGCCGAAAAGGCAGAGGAAAAGGACAUCGGGAGAUGGUGCGGCCCUUGGAAGUCCCGAGGAAGCGCACAUCUGCGACGAUGCAAGACGGAAAAUUCGACCCGUGUCCCAUAUGUGGAUUCGUCUCCAGAUGAUGGACGGCGAUCAGGUUGUGCGGAGUACCGGAUCGAGUGCCCCUGUUGCAAAGUCGAGGUAUUGAAGAGCUUUUGUGGUGGACCUGUUGUACGUACGACGUCGUGGUCGAACGGACGGCGUAGCUCGGCUCGUCAGGAAUGCAAGUAGCAGUCGGCGGCAGGUCUUGAGUUCAAUCCGCACUGACCGCCUGGGCAUACUUGGUGUCAAUCAAUUGAGAUAGCUGGA